AUGAACAGCAACACCCCUUGGAGCCUCAACCUCGCGCGUUUACAGACCGUUGAGCGGUCUUUUUCGGUCCCAAAGCCUCCCGCGCUCCGGGACGUCAAGAAGCGUAUCGGUUACGAAGCGCGGGUCGCUCUCGGUCAAAUCAUCCUCGCGCUUGCGCCUGCCAAACGCGUCCCUCAACCUGUCGUCACCAUCACACCACCCACCCCAAUCGCACUCGAGGCCUGUGAUACCAUACCUGAGCUCUAUGACGCGCCGGAAGUCGUACCUCUCCCAGCCCGUGGUGGUUUCUUCAUCGGCCAGCCUCCCACCGUGGCCUCAGCCCUGCCUCCUACCCUUCGCGGUCGCUCGAGGCGACGCGGCUCAUGGAGGUCCGGCCUUCGGGCUCGUUUGGGCUCACGCGAUGACCUUUGCAAUGACUACGAAGAUCUCAUGCUGGAGCGAUCGCCGUCGAGGGAUGAUAUAAAGGCUAUCAGGGAGCUCUCGCAAGACGGACGUUGGUGA